AUGUACCUUCACGGGUUUCACGUCGACAAUUUAACUUCCCGGGUUCUGGUGAAGAAAGUUCGAGGCUUGUUGGACGUGCUCACGAUUUUGAACUUUGAAUCCUCGAUGAGUCGAGUAGUAUCCAAGCCGAUUCACCGUCAGAAUGAACUCGACCUCGUGGUUGGCCUGAUGUUUGAAAAGGCGUGUGAGACUGACUUGGCCAGAUCGCCGUUGCUCUGCGUGUCCGCGUUGAUGAACGAGGAGGAUCAGUGAUACAGUUUUAUGCGGAAACUUCUCAUCAAAUGUCAGAAAUUAUUCGGGAUGGAGCAUUAUGUCCAGGAGCUCUUUGAAAUGGAUCCGACGAAAUUCGAAGAGAAGCGGAAGGAGAUCAUUCUGGAAUUCGAAAACUGACGCCAUUUCGGUCGCCGAUCAUUUAUGUACAAUACAGUACUGUAUUUUACAGCCCUCCGAAUCUCCGAGCAACGAAGAAGCGACGUCGAUGUGGAUUAAUGGUGGGCUUCUGUUUUUGACUCCGUCCGUCUCGCCGGAGAGACUGUUCCCUCGAAUGCAAGGUCUUGGGCGUCUUGAACUCUACGAAGUCUUCGGGUGGAGCAUCAGAAAUGAUUUAUGGAAGGAGCUGAAUGCCCAUCUAUUAUCAAUAGUUGACAUUGCCAAGUGUUGUUUAUAUAGUCCCUAGCCGACGUGAUUUGAUUUAUGUUGCGAAGUGUCGCGAGAAGCGAAUAAAAAAGUACCCCGCUUUUUACCGA